AUGGAUUUUCUCGAGGUACCUGGGCAUACGACGCCUUACACCAACGGCGACAUCAUCCCUCUUCCACCUUCUCGCCGUACAUGGACAAAGAAAGUGUUUGUGUUCUUUUGGUUUGCCACUGCGAUUAACAUCGCGGAGUGGUCAGGUGCAUCCGCAUCUCUCGCCCUGGGCCUCACGGUUCCGCAAGCGAUCAUUGUAAACCUGACGAGCACGAUCAUCAUCACCGCUGCCCUCGUCAUUAGCGGCUAUGGAGGAGGCCAAUGGCAUAUUCCGUUUGCAGUGAUAAAUCGUGCCCCUUGGGGAUUGCGGGGCUCGUGGUUUCCACUUCUUAACCGUGUUCUACUAUCCUGUUGCUGGUACGGAGUUCAGGGAUGGUUCGGUGGUCAGAUGACAAAAGUAAUGAUUGGUGCAAUAUGGCCGAGUUUCUAUGACUUGCCGAAUACAUUUGGACCUGGUGCUGCAAUGGAAACCAAUGAUUUUGUUGCCUUCAUUAUAUUUUGGGUUGUGUGCCUCCCGUUGUUGCUUUUGAAACCCGAGUCAUAUCGUAUACCCGCAAUUAUAUCCGCGGUCCUUGUAUUAAUAGCCGCUCUCGCUAUAUUCAUUUGGGCCAUUGUCAAGCAAGGAAAUGGCGGUCCGCUUUUCUCGAAUCCUGAAGCAGUAUAUGGAAUCGGGAACCUUCAAGGUUCUCAGCUAGCUUGGGUGAUGGUGAGGUGUAUCAAUAGCGGCAUCGGCGGCUGGGCUGGUGGCAUUUUGUAUCAGAGUGACUUUUCACGCUAUGCAGUCCACCCGGGAGACCAAGUGUAUGGGCAGAUAUUUAGCAUCCCUCUGUGUCUUCUCGGAUCCAACAUCCUUGGGAUUGUAACAACGUCUUGUGCACGGGGCUUCUACCCAAAUGAACCGUUACUGUGGAAACUUUAUGACUUGCUCCAAGCAAUUCAACGCAACGAAGCCCCUGUUGCGCGUGCUGCAGUAUUCUUUGCCGCCUUCGCAUUUUUCUUAUCGCAGCUGAGCGUAACGGUUGUCGCAUGCGGUGUCGUAGGCGGAAUGGAUCUCGCAGCUUUGUGUCCUCGUUACAUCAACAUCCGUCGUGGCUCAUUGAUCAUCGCGGUCAUUGGAAUAUGCAUCAACCCUUGGAAAAUCAUGAACACCGCCAACUCUUUCAUCUCCGCCAUCUCUGGAUAUGCAGUCUUCCUGGGACCUCUUACGGGGAUCAUGUUUGCGGAUUAUCAUCUCUUGAGGCACCGCCGCAUCAAACUCUCGCACCUCUUCCUUCCACAAACCGGAAGUGACUAUUGGUUUUGGCAUGGAUUGAACUGGAGGGCUCCAGUUGCUUGGGUCUUGGGCGUUUGGGCAAGUUUACCCGGGUUUUGUGCGUCGGUGACACCAACGACUGUGAUCGUUAGCGAUGCUUGGGUACAUGUCUAUUACCUUUCGUGGCCCUUAUCGUUGUGCAUAAGCGCAUUGGUAUGGAUGAUACUCAACACCAUCUCGCCGACCUCUGGUAUAGGCGAGGUGGAUGAUAACGAUGUUUUCGGAACCUUUGAAGAACUCAAAGACCCCAAAGAUGUGGAAGAAGAGAAAGAAGAGGAGCCAGAUCAUUUUGACAAAUCCCCGGCGUAUAUUGCAACUUGA